AUGAGAGUUAAUCUCGCCACACAAGUUCUAAGUGAGACAGUCUCAAAUAUAAUGAUGGCUUAUUCCUCUUCUGAAACUCAAGAAACAGCUACUUUCUUGUUAAUGAUGGAUAAGUUUUUUGAUUGCUGUAAUUCAAGACCUGAGAUGUCAGGGCAGAAAAGGAAACCUUUUCUGGCCCCAUACACGUCAGUGAAUGAUUCACGGUUCAAUUUCUUGAAGGAAACUUUCUUGAAUUACUUGGCCAACUGGAAAGCCUCAAUAGAUGAAAGGAAGGGAAACUUCACAAAAGAUGACAAAUCAAAAAUGUUUCUAAGUUCUCAGACCUAUCAAGGUAAUCUGUUGUGGUUUGCAACUAAAUUAUAAAAUUAUAUUAUAAGCCCAUGUUAUUAGUCACAAAACACGAUUAGGGUUAAUGUUAUGAUUAUAUUUAUUCCAUGUCCAAAAUACCCAAAUUAUAAUCUUAGCACUAAGCCACUAACCCUAAUAAUUUAUAACCCUAGCUAACUCUAUUUUGUGACUGUAACAUGGGCUUAUAUCCAACAACUGGGAGAUUUGUAACUGGGAGAUUAACUGGGGUGCUUACCUUUCCUGGAGGGAGUACACUGCACCUCACCACAAGAUCCACCCCGUGAAAAGUGUUUGUUAGCAAGUGUUACUGUUGUGUUUUAUUAUAUCCUGUUUUGCACCAUUGUUUUAUUACUUUGUUGUGUUACUUGUAUGGCAGGUCUGCGAUUGACUGUUUACUCACUGGAAGAUGUGGUUAAGUUCCUGUUGAAUCAUGGCUUUGAGUAUGUCUUGACCAGCAAGUUUAGUCAAGAUCCUCUUGAAGAGCAUUUUGGCCGGCACCGACAAUCUGCUAGAAGAUCUGCAAAUCCGUCACUGCAGACACUCGGAGUUCAAGAAAAUAAAUUUAGAAUACAACGGACCGUGGCAACAAGUAUAACACCUAAAGGGAAUACGAGAGGCUCCAAGAGACCCAAAGAAGGGAUAACCGUGACAACAAGUCCAUUGAAGAGACGGAAAAAAAGUAGUUACUAG